AUGGAAGAUAUGAAUGCAGACUCAUCUUUAAGCGAGGAACAGGAUAAAUUUUCUCAAGAACUAGCUAAUAAUUUAAGCGUUAUUGAGCAUAAAAUCGAAGAAAAAAGAGCAGAAUAUAAUAAAUUGAUAGAUAGUGAACAAGCUUUAACUAACAAAAUAAAUAAUUUUGAUUUAGAAAUCCAAGAAAUUGACAGUAGGCUUGGCACAGCUUCUUACUCUGAAAAAGCAAGGCUUUUAUUAGAAGAAUAUAAUGAAAAAGACCAACUUUGCAAGAUAUACAUAUUACAGAUAGAAAAGCUACAAAAAACAAUUGAACAAACCACUUUAGAGAUUGCGGAAAAAGGAAAAAAAUUGGAAAGGCUAGAGGAAAAAUACCUUAAAAUUAAAGCUGAAAAUCGAUCGAGCAAUGAAUCUCAAGAAACUCUUAGCCAAACUCCUACUAAUAUUGAAAUCACAGAAGACCAAGGAAGCACUAUAUCGAAUGAUGAUGAAUUGGUUUCUCAAGAGAUAGUUAAAUUGGUAAAUAAAAACGUUCGUGAGCUUACAGGCAUUAGCAACCUUAAGGAAUUAGUCUCAAACUGUAAAAAAAAUAUUUCUGAAAAAGAAAAAUUAAUUAUAGAAGCUAAAAUUAGAUUUGCUGAAAAAAGAGGAGAAUUGUUUAAAGAAGUUUCUAUAGACUAAGCCAGAUUUUAGCAUUAUACCACCCAUCUAAUGAAAAAGUGGCUUGGCAGUAUCGCUUGCUUCCUUGCCAAAUAACUUAGGUGAGCAAAAAUCUGUCCUGGGCUAUAAUAAGAAAAAGAUCGCAAAAGAAAAUAUAAAAAGCCAAUUAAAAAAGAAAUUUUCAGUCGUAGAAGUAUUAGAAAAGAAUUUAGAAAAAUCAGAAACUUGGAUAAAAGACCAUAUCGUAACUUCAAAUUUGAUUGAUUUUUACAGAGGGAAGAUUUCUGUAUUUUCUAAUCAGGAUCUUAAGCCGAAAAUAGAGAACGUUAACCGCAAAAUAUGCAAUAUUAAAAAGAAAAGACAAAGGCUCAGCCUUGCUAAGAUAGAAAGACAAACUGAAAUUGAAAGUAUUGAAAUGGAAAUAGGUAUGGCCAAAGCCAAGGUGUUUGAGGGUAAUUUCUAUUCAGAUUUAAAAUGCUAA